AUGGCACCACUGCCGAAGAGCCGACUUUCAGAACCGUUAGAAGCCUUCGCAAGAACAUCUGUUGACUACGCUGGCGCCUUCGAGACAAAGCAAGGUCGUGGUCAGCGCCGUGCUAAGCGGUAUCUCUGUCUGUUCACGUGUAUGACCAGUCGUGCAGUGCAUCUAGAAAUGGCUACUUCGCUAUCAACAGACUGCUUCCUGAACGCAUUCGAGCGUUUCUGCAGCAGAAGAGGAGUGCCAACACAUGUGCGGUCGGACAAUGGUACGAAUUUCGUCGGUGCACAGCGGGAACUACAAGAGUUGAUCAACCAGUUUGACGAAGAGAAGAUCGCUCAGAAAGCAGCCAACAAUGGUAUCCACUGGUCCUUCAAUCCUCCACUUGCACCACAUUUUGGAGGUGUUCACGAAGCUAUGGUAAAAUCGGCAAAACGAGCCCUUCGUGUCGUCCUCCAGGGUGCAGAUGUGACAGAUGAAGAACUCCAGACAGCGUUUGUCGGAGUAGAAGGUUUGCUCAACUCUCGUCCACUCUCGUAA